AUGCUUCCUCCGACAGGCCUCGAGCCCAAUCUCAACUCGGUAACUGAAAUUGUCGUCUCUACCGCUACAUCUACCACGGCGGCCUUACUAUCCCAAACUUCGUCAGCUUUUGCAACAGCUACUAAUAAUCCUACCAAUAUUGCAGACCAUUCAUCAAACAUAGCGCCCGAAAAUGGAGAAUGUCGUCUACUUGGCCCCUUUGCUAUUUUCGUGCAGGGUGCUCUGGGUCUUCUCGCACUCACGGCUUUAGUAUUCAAAAGAUGUCGCGAGAGACCUCAAAGACCAAUGAAAAUUUGGUUUUUUGACGUAUCUAAACAAAUUGUCGGAAGCAUGCUUGUUCACGUGGCAAAUCUAGCGAUGAGCAUGCUCAGCAGUGGCCAAUUCAGUAUCAAAGUGGAUCCCAAGGUAGUGGGUACAACAGUGAAGAGAAUAUCUGACCCAAGUGAAGACUACAGUCCAAACCCGUGUAGUUUCUAUCUUUUAAACCUGGCAAUUGAUACUACCAUUGGGAUACCGAUUCUAAUUUUUCUCCUUCAUUUAUUUACCCAAUUGUUCCUUCGAACUUCUUUUGGCCAACCUCCUGAGUCGAUUGAAUCGGGUAAUUAUGGUUCGCCGGCAAAUUCACGCUGGUGGCUUAAACAGUCACUUAUUUACUUCAUCGGGCUGUUGGGUAUGAAAAUAUGCGUACUCACCGUAUUUAUCAUACUUCCCUGGAUCAGUCGAGUCGGCGACUGGGCACUUCGAUGGACCGAAGGUAAUGAAGUAUUACAAGUUAUUUUUGUAAUGCUAGUAUUUCCGCUCAUAAUGAAUGCGACUCAGUAUUACAUUAUCGAUAGCUUCAUAAAGAAUAAGUCGUCUACGCAGCACGAGUUAUUGCCUGGUUCUGAACCCGAUGAAAAUUUACACGCAUGUGAGAAUAACAUCGAAAUUAACUUCAGCGACAAUGAAGAAGAUCAUUUGAAAGAGGAGCAAAAGCCUGUGGCAUUGAAGAGGAAAUAG